CUGCGCUUUGAUCUCCAUGUGGGAACCAGUCUGGGUGCUCUGAGGGAGGGUGUUGCUCACUUUGGGAUCCGUCCCCUUUAAAAAGCACGCUGCCCUGGCGGUGCGGGUAUAAUCUGGGCUCCAUGGAGAAAGUCUGCGGAGCAGAAAGAGAGAGAAGGGGGGCCACUAGCCGAGCCGGAGCGGAGGGAUCAUGGCGGCACCACUCGGACGGGACACCCUACCUGACCACUGGUCCUACGGAGUUUGCAGAGACGGACGCGUCUUCUUUAUCCACGAUAAAAGUCGCAGCACUACUUGGCUCCAUCCACGCUCAGGCGAACCAGUUAACUCGGGGCACAUGAUCCGGUCAGAUUUGCCAAGAGGAUGGGAAGAGGGCUUCACAGAGGAAGGAGCCAGUUACUUCAUCAACCACAACGUGAGGAGCACAUCGUUUCGGCACCCUGUGACUGGACAGAUUUCCCCUGAUAACAUUGAGUAUACGUUACAAGACAGGAUAGAGUCCCGCAUGUCCAAGCCAGCAGCCAAUCAGAGGUCUCCCAGCAUGGUCACAGAGUCCUCAAAGACUGUGACUUCAGCUGCAGCAGAUGGAGCAGCCUCGGGGUCAAAGGGCUUUAGAGUGACAGGGAAAGUGCACAGCUUCGGCAAAAGGGAUCACGCUAUAAAAAGAAACCCCAACAUCCCAGUGGUUGUGAGGGGCUGGCUCUACAAACAGGACAGCUCUGGAAUGCGACUGUGGAAACGGAAGUGGUUUGUUUUGUCCGACUACUGCUUGUUUUACUACAAAGACAGCCGAGAGGAAACCGUGCUUGGCAGCAUCCCUUUACCCAGUUAUGUCAUUGCUCCAGUUGAGCCCGAAGACCACAUAAACCGCAGAUAUGCUUUCAAGGCGAGCCAUACUGGAAUGCGCUCCUACAUUUACAAUAAGAACUCUGUGAUUGGCUCGCAGGCAGAACACUGCGGGAUGCGGACGUAUUUCUUCAGUGCGGACACACAGGAGGACAUGAAUGGCUGGAUCCGGGCCAUGAACCAGGCUGCGCUAAUGCAGCAGAGCCACACUGUAAAGAGAGACGUAGAGAAGUCUGCACAGCAAGCAGUUCCCCAGACCAACCACAUCCACGUCGCCCAGAAAUCAGAAAGUGUUCACAGCACGAACAGAGAAGAAGCUCUGCGUGAUGAGGGUACGUACGGAUCAGACGUCCAGGGGAGGUCCAUUCAGUCGACCCAACAGGAAAAAGUAGGAAGACUGUCUCCGGACACGUCCGUCCUCAAAAGUGGACAGCCGACUGUCAUCCAAGUGGUUCUGCCACCGGAGCAGAAUGGAAAUGUUGUCUAUCAGAGAGGUUUUGUGUCUCGGAUGGACUCUGGGAAGCACGUUCAGAGGAAAAAUACGCUGGCUCAGGUGGAACAGUGGGUCAAGGUUCAUAAAGGGGACCCAACAAAAAGCGCUUCCCCUGCGGAGUACAACCUCCCUCGGCGCACUCCCCCUUUAAAACCUAAAGCCAGCACAACAGAAUCCACCUAUCACUCGCUACCAAAGUCUCCUCGUCUGCUGUCUGGCAGCAGCUCUCCUCCAACGUCCAGCAACCUGCCCAGUGACUAUAAGUACGCCCACGAUCGGCUGAGCCACUUCCGCAUGUCCACCGAUGAGCGAAUGGCCUCCAAGGAAGGGAUGGUGUGGCAGCUGUACGAGUGGCAACAGCGGCAGCAGUUCCGUCAUGGCAGCCCCACUGCCCCCAUUUACACCGGCCCCAGCUUCACCGAUGCCUCAUCUUUCAGAGUUACUGUAGAGAUGCCCCGCUCCAUUUCUGUCCCUCCAUCGCCGUGUGAAGUCCCACCAUCAACCCCGCCUUCCUUCAAACCCCUGUCCCCGCGCAGGCCACACACACCCUCGGACAGACGCACAAUCAGGCCCCUGGAUGAGAUGGGACCUGGGGACAGUACAAGAUCCAGCUCCCCUGGCAACAUUUGUUCCCGUCUCUCACAGACUUCCCAGUUGGAGAGACGGUCUGUGCCGGCGAUGGGCUACAUCACACACACAGUCAGUGCUCCUAGCCUGCAUGGGAAGACGCCAGAGGAGCUGACUCUGCUCCUCAUUCAACUUCGGAGGCACCAGGCCAAGAUGGCUGGUGUGCAUAGCCCCAGCAAUGCGUUCGCUCACCUGCAGCGCCACCAGCACAACGGCCUUCUGGGCCACAGCAUGCAGGCUGAUGAUACUUACAUACAACUGAAGAAGGACCUGGAGUAUCUAGAUUUGAAGGUGACUGGACGAGAGAGUUUGAAAAAAGAGAGACCAUUGAGGCCUGUGAAAAUAGCAGAAAGCGAUGCGGAUGUGAAAUUAAGUCGACUUUGUGAACAAGACAAGAUUCUUCAGGAGCUAGAGGCCAGGAUACGUGCUUUAAAGGAAGACAAGGACAAGUUGGAGUCUGUACUGGACGUUUCUCACCAGCAGAUGGAGGAAUACCGAGAUCAGCCAGCUCAUGCUGAGAAAAUUGCCUAUCAGCAAAAACUUUUACAAGAAGAUGUGGUCCACAUCAGGGCUGAAAUCUCCCAAGUCUCCACAGAGAUGGAGAAUGCAUGGAAUGAGUACAACCAGCUGGAAAGAGACGUAGACUGGUUAAAGUCAGCUUUGCAGAGUCAGAUGGACUGCUGUGAUCUACCUCAGCAGGAAAAGGUUUUGAUCAGAAAAGAGCUGUGGAGGAUUGAGGAUGUGAUCGCCGGUCUCAGCAACAGUAAAGCCAAUUACAGAGUAACCAUCUCUUCUGUUACUAAUCCAGAGAGAAAAAUUGUGCCUUCAGUGUCGGUAUCAUCAGUGCCUCCUGUGUCUGGGAACCAGUCUGCUACAGAGAUGAGAUUGUCCCAGCAGCAGCAUCACACCCCCCACCUCAGCCCAAGUAGCCAUGUCCCCACCCUUUCCUCUAGUCCCACGCUGCAGUCAUUACACCACUCUGCAACCGUCUUCAGUGGGUUCAAAUGGAGUGAAGAUGUGCCUCCUAGACCUCCUCUACCUCAGCUCUACAAUUUUGAAGAGCAUCCCCCUGCUGUGCCACCGUUGCCCCGGGAGACAACAGUCAUCAGACAUACAUCCGUACGUGGCUUAAAACGGCAAUCAGAUGAACGCAAACGGGAUCGAGAGGUCGGCCAAUAUACAAAUGGAGACAGUAAGGUGGAACUAAGGCCUUUUCUGAGUGAUCCAGAACUCACGGGAGCUGGAGAUGGCUCUAGUCACGUCAGUGUUGUAGCUUCUGGGCAUGUUGGAGGUUACCAGACAUUACCCAGCAGAGGAGUAGCUGGCUCCUCACUUAGGCUGAAUCAUUCUUCAAGCAUCUCUUCAUAUGUGACUCUCCGGAGAGCAACCUCAGCAGCCGGUGUAAAGGAGAGACCGAAAAGUGCCUUGGAGCGUCUGUACUCUGGGGAGAAGAUGCAGCCGCAGCAGCAGAUGGGGAAGAUGAGUGCCGAUGAGCAGCUAGAGAGGAUGAAGAGGCACCAGAAGGCCCUCGUCCGCCAGCGCAAACGAACCCUGAGUCACGGAGACCGCCACACAUCUUCGUCAACCCGAUCCUCUUCGUCGCGUCCCCUUUCAGCGGACUUGGGUUCAUGGAAGAGAGAGCAGGAGUUUGACCUGCAGUUACUGGAGAGAGCAGUUCAGGGGGAGGAGGCUCAGGCAGUUAGGAGCGUCCAGGGUGAGGAAAGGCCUCCUGAGCACAAAGAGAGACCGCGCUCGCACUCUGAUGAAUGGCUGACCUUCCACACUGCGAACACAUCGCCCCCCACCAAGGAGGUCGACUUAGAGCCACUGGACUACGACCUGGACCUGAACAAAGAGCUGUCCAAACCUCAGAAAGUGUUGAUUCCAGAGCGCUACAUAGAUUCAGAGCCAGAAGAGCCACUCAGCCCUCAGGAGGUGGAGGAGCGGCAUCGGAAGGUUGAGCGCAUCAAAAGCAUUUUGGCCAAGUCCAGCGUGCAAAACUUAGCGCCAGCGGUGACUGUGGACAAACCCGACGUGGGUUUGGUGGAACUGGACUCAGCCUUGCAGGAGCAGGAGAGGAUCAUCACCAUGUCCUACGCUCUCGCCUCAGAGGCUUCGCUCAAGAGCAAACUAGUAGCAGAGUCUUUUAGGCGGGAGGAAUCGCUUGAUGAGGCCAUUUUGUGUGCUGAUCAAUGACCCAGUCAAACUCGGCUCUCCAUCUGCAUGCCUCUGCUGCCGCUUUGAACGUAGCUCUGAACCUGCAUAAAAGACGCCACGCUCACAUCUCAUCUCUUUCAUACUCCACAGCAGACAGGCGAGUUAAUUUUCACUUGAGCUGCAGCAGAUUGUCAGUCUGUCUGCCUUAUUCACACACACACACACACACGCUCACAAGUAUAUCUGUCACACACGGUAACACUCAAGCUGUCAGUGUGUGUGGAAGCUUAAUAUGCACAGUGAAGCAAAGUCAACAAUUAUAACAUUAUUUCCAGCAUAGAGAAAUGCCAGAGAAUAUAACUGGUGGCAUCUCGUCAGUGCAGACUGAAUCAAUGACUUUCUCUCCCUUUGGUGUUAAAGUGAGGUCUGCUGGUGCACUUUCAAACUCAUGAAUUUAAAGAAGAGGCUUUUCGCAGCAGUGUGCAUGACAGACUUCAGUGCUGCUGCCAUGAAAGAAGUAAUAUUCAUCAUGGCAAUUACACAGCGCCUAUUACAAAGGUGCCUGUGAUUGUCGGAUCUGCUAUUCGAAACAGAGGAAUAAUUUGGCCUUUUGUGACAACAUGUCAGGGAUAUUAAGUAGCUAAUUUUGUGCAGGUAACUGAUAUAUUCUGGGGAAAUAAAUCUGUGAGUUGUGUCUCUGAAUAUUAAUUUUUUUUUUCCUCUUAAAAGCAAGUCAACCCCAAAUCAACUUUUUGGCUGAUAAACUAUAUAAAUGAGUGUCUAAUCAUGCUGAAGACAUGUGUGGGCCCUCUAGUGCAUCUUAGUUAAAAUUAAAAUCAGUUUAAAUGCAUGCUUAGUGAUGCAUUGAUCAAUAUUAGCAUUAGUAUUAAGCAGUUGUUAAAACUGUUUUUGAUAAUUUAUUAAUGCUUAAUAAUAGACUAAGUAACAUUAAUAAGGGGACCCAUGUUGUAAAGUGUUACCAAACACUCUUACUUUCUAUUCAACUUCUUUUUGUUCUUCUAUACUUUAUAGGCCCCUCCCUAUUUGAGCGAAAGCCUCCAUUUCUACCACCCCUCUCGUGCUCUUAGGUCUGCAGAUAAACUCCUCCUCACCGCUCCUAAGGCGUGUUUGAGGGCUCGCGGGGAAAGGGCUUUUUGUAUCUGUGCCCCAAAACUUUGGAAUUCACUACCCUUUCCGGUUAGACAAGCACCCUCUCUUGCCAUCAUUAAAUCCAGUGAAAACACAUUACUUCUCCACGGCCUUCGACUCUUAUCAUCAACAGCUUGUCGUGGCUCCUUCCACUGUAGUUUUCCCAUCUUAAAUCUGUGGUCUGACUACUUUUAAUAAUUGUAUUGUUUUUGUUUGUAACCCUUCUUUGUUGCCUUAUUUUUAAAUUGUUUUUAUGACGCAGCUAUUUUAUGCUUUUGUUGUUUUAUUUUGUGCAGCGAUUUAGUUGGUUGUAAUGCCACGUUGAAAGCGCAUUUAUAAAUAAAAUGGUAUGGUAUUAUGA